AUGGAAGCCAAAGCGGAAACCAGCAAAUCGAAGGCUGUGCCUAUGAUAGGUGCCGUUGCUGUGAUAGGAACCGAAUGGCGGAAAUUGGACGGGAGAGCGUUGGGCGAAAGCAAAGCGGAUAUUGUUGGUCAUUCUGGAACUCCAGAGCCAAACGAUUAUGCGUCCAAUGGUGCCAUACCGGUAUCAUCCAAUCAUGAUCUUCGACGUGACAAAGAAGACGCAAAAAUCAAACAAGCAGCUGUUGGCCUCAAACAAAGUACAGCAGGAGCUGUUGAGGUGGUUGCAACGGCUAAAGAACCAAAUUGGAUGACAACAGAAAUGGAACUAGGAGCUGUGCCCAUGGUUCCUGCGGCCAAAGAACCAAAUUGGACGACACGAGCCGUACCAACGAUUGCUACGGCCAAAGUGACCGUGCCCGGCAGUCGAGGUCUCCGGAACAGCAAACAAGAUUUGGAGAUCAAGCGAGCAGCAUCUGGAAACCAGAAGAGCAAGAUGGACACAAGAAUUCAAGUGGGAGCCGUACCAAUGAAUCUGUCUGUGGUACCUACCACUCCUGGCCUCCAUCGCAGCAAGCAAGAUGCAGAAAUCAAACGGGUGGCGGUUGGCCUCAGACAAAGCAACCAGACAGGCACGGAAAUUCAAGUCGGAGCUGUAUCAAUGGGUCCUUCUUCCCACAGUGCGGUAUCUGCUAUUCCCGGCCUGGGACCACGCAUGCAAGGUGCAGAAAUCAAGCGUGCGGCAGCAGCUGGUAUGAAACAGAAUAGGAUGACUGUGGGAACUGAACGGAGAACUGUACCAACGUUUGCUUCGUCUAAUGAACCAAAUGGGAUGACUGCAGCAGUCGAACCAGGAGCUGUACGCAUGUGUUCUUCUCCUGGCCUCCGGCGCAGCAAGCAAGAUGCCGAAAUCAAGUGUGCCAAAGCAGCGGCAAGAACCCUGGAUUCUUCUGCCCACAGUUUGGUAUCUUCGAGUCCUGGCCUCCGCCGCAGCAAGCAAGAUGCUGAAAUCAAGUGUGCCGCUGCAGCAGCAAGACCCCUGGAUUCUUCUGUCCACAGUGUGGUAUCUUCUAGUCCUGGCCUUCAGCGCAGCAUGCCAGAUGUUGAAAUCAAGCAUGCCAAAACAGCAGCAAGAACCCUGGAUUCUUCUGCUCACAGUGUGGCAUCUUCCACUCCUGGCCUCCGCCGCAGCAAGCAAGAUGCCGAACUCAAGCGUGCCGCAGCAGCGGGAAGGACCCUGGAUUCUUCUGUCCACAGCGUGCUAUCUUCGAGUCCUGGCCUCCGCCGCAGCAAGCAAGAUGCUGAAAUCAAGCGUGCCGCUGCAGCAGGAAGAACCCUGAAUUCCUCUGCACACCAUUCCGUCUCUAGUCCCGGUCUCAUGUGCAGCUCACAAGAUGAGAAAGUCAAACACGCAGCAGCUGGGCUCCAAACCAACAGCAUGGAGGUAAAACAAUCUCCUGCAAGAGCUGGAUGGCCAUAUGGUAGAAAAGCAGCUGCAGGCAGUCAUGAAGUGCAUUGCAGCCACAAUAACCCAGUUUCCAAAGACGGUGCUGAAAGUAAGCCAGAUUCUUUGGCUUUGUGGAGAACAGACCCCAAGCACAAUGAUGACAUCUCUGGUAGAAAGACAUUUGCGGAUGCCUCUCCUAAGGCAAAUGCUGACAUGAUGAUACAGCCAGAACUGGUGUUGGGAUCCAACAUAGGAUUAGUGGAAGCCAGAGAGGUGAAAGAAGAAGAUGAUGGCAUCAUCUUGGGCUCAGCUGAGAUCUAUGAUGGACCCAUGGAAGAAGAAAGAGAACAAAUCAGGGAUCAAAAGAGAAUAUACUACAUUGGCAGCAUUUUCUGUUUGGUGUUGGCGCAAGUUUUGAUUGUUCCCAUUCUGUGGUGGUCUGGAGUCUUUGAUCCGGCUAUCAGAGACACAAUUGUGGUGUCUGCAGAAACACCAUCCAAUGCUCCAUCUGGAAGCCCAACAUUGGCACCUACUCCAUUCUUUCUUCCGCUGCCUGAGUACACUGUUGACAUACUGCAAAACGGCCCCUUGGCUUCCCCUCAAGAAAGAGCCUACAGAUGGAUCCAAGAUGAUCCAAACUUUGAGGAAUAUUCUGAUGCUCAAAAGCAACAACGGUUUGCCCUGGCCACGUUCUACCAUGCAACUAAUGGCGACCUAGGAAGUUGGACACAGCAGGAUGAUUGGAUGUCCUAUGAUGUCCAUGAGUGUGAAUGGUUCAGCAAAUGGAUCAGUCUAGGACCAGACUUUCCUAACAUCUGUGAUGAAGAAGGCAAUUAUCAGUCGUUGAUCUUGACCAAGAAUGGGCUUUCAGGGAGCCUUCCACUAGAGCUGGCCCUCCUCACAAAUCUAGAAGUAUUUGAUGUUGCCACAAAUGAAAUCAGAGGGACCAUUCCAAGUCAAAUUGGACUCAUGACUUCCCUCAGAGAACUUAUCCUUGAUGUCAAUCAGCUCUCAGGUCAAGUGCCCUCUGAGAUUGGACAGUUGACUCAUUUGGAGUAUUUCUUUGUACACACCAACCCAGUGACUGGGACGAUCAUGACAGAAGUUGGUCUCCUGACUAACAUGAUCGAUUUUGAAUGGGCAGAUACGUUCUCGCAAGGUACCAUUCCAACUCAGCUUGGUUUGAUGACUGGCGCAACUGCCUUGGUCUUGUGGCAGAAUCUCCUGGAUGGCCCCAUCCCAACCGAAGUAGGCUUGAUGACCACUUUGUCUGAGGUUUUCGGGGUGUAUGGCCAGAACUUGGCAGGAACCAUCCCAACUGAGAUUGGCAGGCUUACUGGGUUGGAUCAGCUGUACCUUGAUGUGAACUCUCUCACGGGCACUAUUCCAAGUGAAAUUGGCCAUUUAGGCAAGGCUGAGGGCAUUUACUUCAACCUCAAUGAUCUGGAAGGCACCAUUCCUUCUGAACUUGGAGGCUUGUCCUCAUUGGAGGUACUUGCUCUCUUCUCAACCAACAUAUCUGGAACCAUCCCUUCUGAGUUUGGUGGUUUGACGUCAAUGUGGUGGUUGCCUCUCCACGAGACAAACCUCAGUGGCACUGUCCCUGUUGAACUUGGGGCCUUGGCAGACAAUCAGACUGGUAGCCUGGAGCAUGUCAGUUUGAAUGAAACACUUGUGACUGGGGAGAUUCCAGCAGACCUUUGUUUGAUUCUUGAGAUGAGCUUUGAUUGCUCCGAUGAACUCUGUGGUUGUGACUGUGUCUGCCAGUUUGUGGCUCAAGGUAGUGUGGAGUCUUUGUCGAGGCCCAGGGUUUCCGAGAACUAUGACUUGUUUCUGGAUUAUCCUUAA